AUGGCCGAGUCGCAGCUGAGCUGCCUGGACGAGGCCCACGUGAACGAGCGGGUGACCGAGGCGCACGCCGCCUUCUACUACUGCGAGCGGCGGCGGGCGGCGCUGGAGGCGCUGCUGGGCGGCGGCGAGCGGGCCUACCGGGAGCGGGUCCAGCGGGAGCGGCUGCGGGACUUCCUGUCCAGCCACGAGCGCCUGGCCCUCCGCGCCGCCUGGAGCCCCUACGAGGACGCCGCCGCCAGCCCCGCCGCCCGCGGCAAGGCCAAGGCCAAGGCCAAGGCCAAGGCCCCUUCGCCGCCGCCGGCCGCCGCCGCCGCCGAGCCCAGGGAGUCCCUGGCCUACUGGCCCGACCGCUCCGACACCGAGGUGCCCCCGCUGGACCUGGGCUGGACCAACACCGGCUUCUACCGCGGCGUGAGCCGCGUCACCCUCUUCACCCACCCCCCCAAGGAGGAGAAAGCGCCCCACCUCAAGCAGGUGAUCAGGCAGAUGAUCCAGCAGGCCCAGAAGGUCAUUGCCGUGGUCAUGGACCUCUUCACCGACGGCGACAUCUUCCAAGACAUUGUGGACGCUGCCUCGAAGCGCCGGGUGCCCGUGUACAUCCUCCUGGACGAGCCGGGCGUGAAGUAUUUCCUGGAGAUGUGCCAGGGCCUGGAGCUCACGGACUACCGCAUCCGGAACAUCCGUGUCCGCUCCGUGACGGGCGUUGGCUUCUACAUGCCCAUGGGGAAGAUCAGAGGGACCCUGUCAUCCAAGUUCUUAAUGGUCGAUGGUGACAAAGUCGCCACGGGAUCUUACAGGUUCACCUGGAGCUCCUCGUACGUGGACAGGAACCUCCUGCUCCUCCUGACGGGCCAGAACGUGGAGCCCUUCGACGUGGAGUUCCGGGAGCUGUACGCCAUCUCCGAGGAGGUGAACCUGCACCAGCAGCUGGGCCUGGCCGGAGGGGCGGGCGCGUACGGCCCCUACUCCUCCACCGUGGCCCGCAAGCUCAUCAACCCCAAGUACGCCCUGCUGUCCGCCAGCCGCCACCCGCCCGGGGAGAUGAUGCGCUGGGCUGCCCGGCAGCAGCGGGAGGCCGGCGGCGGCGGCCCCGGCGGCCAGGAGGACGACAGCCCGAGCGGCGAGUCGGCCCAGCGCCUGGAGAACUUCCUGCACGACCUGGUGACGCUGGAGCAGGUGCUGCCCCCCGUGGAGCCCGUGCCCAUGGGGGCGCUGAGCCGGAAGGGCAGGCCGGGCUCUCCCCUGCCCGUGGACCCGAAGGCCCGGGAGGCCCUCGCCCAGAACGGCAAGGGGGAGGCGCUCAACGGGGACGCGGCCCAGGCCAAGGAGGGCAAGCGCUUCAGCUACCGGCUCUUCAGUCGCCGCGCCAAGCGGCCCGCCACGCCCAACGGCAUGGCCGGCUCCCUCUCCACCGAGAACUUCGCCGAAGUGGAGUUCAAGGGCAAGAAGCCCAACGACGGCCCCGGCGCCAACGCCUCAGGGAAAUCCAGUCCCAGUCCUGCCAAGGCCAGCAACUGCGUGAUCUCCUGA